AUUACUAUAAACGACAUAAAUUAUUAUCGACCGCUAGUCUGUUGAUUGUAAAUCGCCCGGAUACUAGUAGUAGACCUACGUUUGAUUCUCGUUUUUCUGAACACACCACCGUAGGGGAAGCUAGCAAGCAAGGAUAGUUAUCGAAGUGUCUAGUAGUAGAGCUACUAGAGGUUGAAAGUUGGUUUUUGAUUGGCAAUCUCUCUGCACCUGUGACUGCUUGCGACUGAAGAAUCUUGGUGUAGUGAACGUGAGUGCCUAAAUCUUGCGAUGGCAAGUGCACUGUUCAACUAUCGCUACUAUAGCGAUGAGUUCAUGGACGGGCUCAAAUCAUACAAGUAUAGCUCCGUCGAUACGUCACCCCUAGCUAAGUAUGUGAUGAAGCCUUGGUGGGGAACUUUCCUACAUUACUUUGUACCAAUGAAUGUAUCGGCCAACUCGAUGACGUUCUGGGGCUUCAUGAUCGGUCUCAGCCACUUAAUCCUCCUGACCUACUACGACCCAGCUGUCACCGUUAUCCAGCCGCUCAUGAUCAAUGUCUCUGUUCCAUCCUGGGUCUGGCUGUACGGUGCUGUAGCUCAUUUCCUUGCGCAUACACUGGACGGGUCAGAUGGUAUGCAAGCAAGACGGACUGGUACUAGCUCUCCCUUAGGGGAGCUAAUGGACCAUGGCCUGGACAGUUUGUCGGUAUCUGCCAUCGUGCUCAGCAUUCCGUCGAUGUUCGCCAACCACCCGCCGUCACAGUCACCUCCGUACGAGCUCUUCACUCUGUUCUUCGUCACCGUACUGGGAUUCUACAUGAGCCACUGGGAGAAAUAUUUGACUGGCGUGUUGUACUUACCAUGGACCUAUGAUGCCAGCAUGCUGUUGGCCCAGUGCUUAUUCUUUUUGCAGUUUCUCACUAAUGAUAGAGUGCUGGAUUUUGUCGAGAGUGUCACCGGACUCAAUACUCCAGAGACAUUCCUUCUCUCCGUUAUUGUCAGCGUCUUCAUCUUCUCCAUACCGUGUACGCUGAGAAAUAUUUACCUUGCUUCCAAGGAUAAAACCAACCCAGUGGUCAAGAAGCAGCUCCAUUGGUCCACUGCCUUCCAGCCCGGUGUUCCGUUCUUCAUGUCGUCAGCUAUCUUCAUUGGCUGGCACAUUGUUGGCAAGAAUAAUGUUGCUGUUUACCACACUCGCCUGUUCUUCUACUCGUGGGCCCUGAUCUUCUCUAACAUUACGACACGUUUGAUUGUGGCUCAGAUGUGCAGUCGCCGCUAUGCCCCACUGAACAUUCUCAUCCUGCUUCCAGCCAUAGCGUUUGGCGUGGAUGUGCUGGAACUGGCUGACACAGAAGUGACCAUGUGGUGCUUGUUCCUGUCUCUACUGGUGCUACACAUCCACUACUUUGCCUGUUUGAUCCGUCAAUUUUCUUCAUACCUAGGUGUUCCAUGCCUGGCCAUGGCCAAGCCAAAGGAAUGAGUCAGUGCAGCUGCGGUCUUGCCCAAGUUUCAGCCCUAGUGUGUGCUCCUCUCUGUCUCUGGCUUUCUGUCCGGCUCUGUCUUUCCCUGUCUCUGUACCUCUGGCUUUCUGUCUGUCUCUGUCUCUCUCCCCUCUCUGCCCCUGUCUCUCUGCCUCUGUCUGUCACCCUUCCCGUCUGUCUCUCUGCCUCUGUGUCUAUUUCCCCCCCCCCCCCUCUCUCUCAUGUGUACGCACUUGCUCGCUCACUCUGCUCCUGGUGUAGGUUCAGAUCAAAGUUCACUUCAAUACUAUCAACUCAUAGACUUUUCAGUACUAAGCAUGUUUCAUGUUUCAUGUUUCAUGUUGUGUAUUGAAAAGGCCAGAUCUUUUGUUGUGUAUGGAAAAGGCAGGAUCUUUUCAUGCAUCAAGCAGCUGGCAUGCUCUUAUCUUAUUAGCAGCAACACAUGUUGCCGUACGCGGGUGGCGAGUGUGCGUAUUUGACUUCCCUUUCAACAAUGGGUGGUAUGUAGUGGCACUGCUUGUAAGCCUUGCCGCGGCUCAGCCUUGCUCAGCCUGGGUAAUUGGCUGCCCCAUGGCAUCACUAGCUACUGGCUGUUCAGAGAGAUACGAGUUGAACUAUUGAUAUCUAGUAAUCAUUAAUAGGUUUGGCCACGAAGAAGCAAACUAGAGACAUCUCUCUAUUCUAUGCCUAUUUAUUUGUAGUCGUUUUUCAAUUGCACUCUUCUAUAAUAGGAUUGCACUCUUCUAUAAUAGGAUUGCACUCUUCUAUAAUAGGAUGUUGCCCAACUAGUUCAAUCCACAUUAGAUUUUGAUAUGGUACAAAAGACUGCAGACUAAUCAAGUGUACUGAGUUCAUAAACGCUCUUUCUUUUCCGUUGGUUAGUAGUGAUUUUGCAGUGAGUUCUUCAAUUUGUUUCGUUAAAUGAA